UAUAGAUGUUAUUUAUCCUAUUUGUCAUAUAUUCAGGUGGAUGAAGAUUAUAUUCAGGACAAAUUUAAUUUAACGGGACUGAAUGAACAAGUACCACAUUAUCGUCAAGCAUUGGAUAUGAUUCUCGAUCUUGAACCUGAUGAUGAUUUGGAUGAUAACCCGAAUCAAUCAGAUUUGGUCGAGCAAGCAGCAGAGAUGCUCUAUGGUCUUAUUCACGCUCGCUACAUACUUACCAAUCGUGGCAUCGCUCAGAUGAUUGAAAAAUAUCAAGCGGGUGAUUUCGGUCAUUGCCCGCGAGUUUACUGUGAAUCCCAACCAAUGUUGCCGUUAGGCCUUAGCGAUGUUCCUGGCGAGGCAAUGGUCAAAAGCUAUUGUCCCAAAUGCAUGGAUGUUUACACGCCCAAGAGUUCGAGACAUCAUCAUACCGAUGGAGCUUACUUUGGAACAGGAUUUCCACACAUGCUGUUUAUGGUUCAUCCCGAAUAUAGACCGAAACGUGCAGCAAAUCAAUUUGUACCUAGAUUAUACGGCUUUAAAAUUCAUCCUCUAGCAUAUCAGAUCCAGCAACAGUCUGCGUCCACGUUCAAAGCACCAUUACGGGCUCUUAACUACAAUAAUGGAAAACGUUAAGGUCAUUUUGGAAUAGCCUAGAAUACUUUUUUUUUCAUUACUCACAAUUUUUAAUUUCGUCCUGAAGAUUCAAAUAAAAUAUUUUUUAUAUCUCUGUUUCUCCCAUGCAAUAUGUUUCUACGCAAAAAGGACAUUUUUUUACGAAACCGUUCUUUUCAAUCGACACAUUGUCUCGUCGCUCUUAUGUUUUCUUACGAGUACGUUUCUUACGAUCAUGUGAAGAGAGAGAGACAGGAAGAAAAAUAGAGAAAGAAAAA